AUGUCUGAGACACAACAACCAAAGAAGACCAACAACAAUGUAAGUUCAUUUCUUGAUUUCUCAAUGAAAAAUGCUGUUUUUUUCAGAAUCAAAAUCAAAAUAGAAGAGGAAAUAGUAGUAGAGGAGGUUAUAGUAAUAAUGGAAAUAGAAGAAAUGCAGCAGGAAGUGGAGAAAAUGGAAAAGUUGAUAUGCGAAAGUAUGAUAAGAUGAUUUCAGCAGCUCAUGUAAGUUAUUUUUUUUAUUGAAAAUGAAAUAUUUGUUCUGUUUCAGAAUAACUUCUCGGAUAUUGCUUGUGGUAGAAAAACAGAAGAUUGUUUGAUUUGUUGCAAACCAAAUGACGUGUUCGCAAUCGGUGAUUGUCGUCAUCCCGUUUGUGCAGAAUGUGCAAUUCGAAUUCGAAUCAUCGGACAAUCAAAAACCUGUCCUGCUUGUCGAAAAGAAAUCGACACCUACUUCUUUUGCACAACCGCUGAUGAUAUGAUGAAUGUCCCAUUGUUCUUCGCAAAAACAAAUCAUCCCGAUGAAGAUCGAUAUGGUGUUCGAUUCAGUAAUUCAGUGGCAGGCAGUAAAUAUGAAAAAUAUCUGGCGCAUGUUUGUAAAAUAUGCAAAAGUGAAGAUGGAGAACGUCUCGAAUUUCCCACUUUUAUGUCACUUCGACAACAUAUGGCAAAUAAUCACCAAUUAUCAUAUUGUCAUAUUUGCACCGAAAAUUUGAAUCUCUUCUCAAGAGAGCGUAAAUGUUAUACUCGCGAACAACUUCAACGACAUAUUCGAAUCGGUGAUAAUGAUGAUAAAAGUUUCAAAGGCCACCCACAAUGUCUGUUUUGUGAAUUGAAAUUUUUGGACGAGGAAAAUCGCUACAAACAUCUUCGAAAAGAUCACUUUUUCUGUCAAUUUUGUGAAGCCGAUGGAACAUUGAAUGUGUUUUAUGGAAAACACGAUGAAUUGAAGCAGCAUUACAAGCAACAACAUUUUAUAUGUGAAGCUGGAGAAUGUAAAGAAUUGGGAAUAGCGUUUGCGACGAAAUUGGAGUUGGAUUUGCAUCGAGCAAGUGAGCAUGAUGAGAAGAGAAUUGAUUUGGGAUUUUCGAGACCGGCGAGAGAAACUAAUGGUGGAAGGUGAGAUUUUUUGUUGGGAGGUUUCGGGAGAUUUUGAAAUUCAACAUUUUUUGGCCAAAAUUUGAUCAAUUUACUGAUUUGGUUCAAAGAUUGGUCGGAAAUUGGCCAAAAAGCUCCGAUUGGCCAAUAUUCGGCCGUCUUCUAACCGAAACACGAGUUGAUGCAUUUUUUAUCAAAAUAGUUUUGGCCAAAAUUUGAUCAAUUCACUUAUUUGGCCAAAUUUUGCUCACAAUUUGGUUCUAAGAUUAAGAUUGGUCGGAAAUUGGCCAAAAAGUUCCGAUUGGCCAAUAUUCGGCCAUCUUUUAACCGAAAUUCGAAUUGGUGCAUUUUUUAUCAAACAUUUUUUGUCCAAAAUUUGAUCAAUCUACUGAUUUGGCCAAAUUUCGCUCAAAAUUUGGUUCAACUUGUAAGAUUGGACGGAAAUUGGCCAAAAAUUGACCAAAAAGUUGUGAUUGGCCAAUAUUCGGUCAUAUUUUGACUAAAACACGAGUUGGAGCAUUUUUUAUCAAACGUUUUUGACCAAAAUUUGGUUCUAAUUGUAAAAUUGGUCAGAAAUUGGCCAAAAAUUGACCAAAAAAUAUAUUUCAUCAAAAAUUGGUCAAGCUCCCAAGCUAACCUCUUAAUAUUUCCAGAAUCCGAAGUCGAAAUGCUCCACCAGAAGUUCCACGAGAUCGAAUCGCUGUUGUUCAACGUCAACAAGCCACAAAUCCCCAAUCAGAUCCAAGUGAAUUCACAGUCGUUCCAUCAGCUCAAUCACGCAGACCAAUACGAUAUUCAUCAACUCGCGCCAAUUUCACUCCACAAGAUCAAGAUUUUCCAAGUCUCGCACCUGCUCCUGCACCUCCACCAACACUUCGAUCAAAUGCUUUUCCAAGAUUGAACAAGGUGAACAAAAAACGAGAAGAAGAAGGGCCAGUUGAGCAUUUUCCGACGUUAGGAGGAGCUGGAACAUCGACACGAGUUUCGGUGAAACCAUUGCCGAAACCAAGAAAAGUUGCGCAGCAGCCGAAAAAAGUUGUGACAAAUAAUACGAAGCCGAAUAACAGUAAAAUUGAAAGGGAAAGAAGUUAUAGUCCAAUAAGAGAGCAUGUUCCACAAACUACUGUCAAAGUCAAUAAUACAUUAUUGCGUUUUGAUACAAUCAGCAAUUCUUCAACAGCUCCAGCAGCUCCAAAAUCAAAUAUUCAAUUGAUACAACGAACAAAACCGGAUACUUCUUCUUCUUCUUCAAACACAAAUUCUGCAAGAUUACCGACAUCUAAUAAUGAUUUUCCGUCACUUCCACCUGCUUCAGCUCCAUCUUCACAACCUGCAAAUAGUGCUUGGUUGAAUAGUAAAAAUAAAACGAAAGGAAUUAUAUCAAGUGUACAUGUUCCUUUGAAUUAUUCGGCGGCUUCUCAAAAUCCAAAGAAAAAUAAAAAAGUGAAAACUCCGAUGAAUGAUGUUUGGUCAUCGCUUGGACCACGACCGAGUGAAGUUAAACCGUUGGUUGAUACUGAUUCGUGGAAUGAGGUUUGUAAAAAAUUGAAUUUUUGAACGGAAAAUCAAAUUUUGAGGAAUGAAACUCACAACAAAAUUGAAGUUGAACAUAAAUUUCAGAAAAAAAUGAAAAGAUAUACAGGGUGACCAGUAUUUAUCCGGACAACCAAAAACGACCGUAAAACAUUUCCCGACAUUUCUCGGCCACCAAAAUACUUCGGCCACAUACAGGGUGACCAGUAAUUAUCCGGACAAGCGUAUCCGGUCAUGAAAAUUUUAAAAUUUGAUAUUUUUCAAAGAAAUUUUUUCUGAACAUCAAUAAAUGUAUAACACGCCCAAAAUUAUCCCCCAAAAGGUUCUGUAAAAAAUCCAAAAUUCAACAUUCGUGAUAAUUUUGGAUUGAUGUUCAGAAAACAUUUCUUUGAAAAAUAUCAAAUUUUAAAGUUUUUAUGACCGGAUAUGCUUGUGCGGAUAAUUACUGGUCACCCUGUAUGUGGCCGAAGUGUUUUGUUGGCCGAGAAAUGUCGGGAAAUGUUUUACGGCCGUUUCUCGUUGUCCGGAUAAUUUCUGGCCACCCUGUAUAUCUUUUUAUUUUUUUCUGAAAUUUAUGUUCAACUUCAAUUUUUUUGUGAAUAAAAUAAGUGCAUUUUGAGUUUCAUUCAUCAAUUUUUAAAAUUGCUCAAAAGAAAAUUUACCUGGAAAUUUACAAAAACUUUUUCUAUUUCAGGUUCCAUUAUCCAAAGAAGCUCAAGCUGAAAAAGAAAAGCAAGCGAAACGUGAAGAAUGGGCUAGAAAAAAGGCUGAAAUUCGUGCAGCUGUUGCUAAAAAUCCAGCCAAAAAAGAAGAGCCGCAAAAAAUCGAGGAAGAAAACGUGGCAAUCCCCACUCCUGUGAAAGAAGUUCAACAGGAAAAAGAGGUGGAAUUCCAAACAAAAUCUUCGAAUAAGAAAAAUAACAAAAAAGAGAAGAAAAUUGAACCAAAGGAAGAAAUUGUCAAAUCUUCAAUCAAAGAAUCCAGUGAAGCUUUUCAGCAAAAAGUUGAUGCUGUAAGUUUGAAAAUAUAUUUUUUAAAAUUUAUUUACGAUUUUCUGAUUUUUAGCUCUGGUCAAUGCCUUCGGUCACUUCAAUGUUUUCCAAUUUUUCAUUAUCCUCGAUGUUCGGCUCUGGAUCAUCGGGAAGUCAACCAACAACACCAUCUGUACCACUUCCUCCGCCGGGCCUUGAAAAUGUUGUUUUGACACCGCCACCUGGUUUGAAUUCUGCUGAUGUCAGUCAGAUUUCUUUCAAUUCAGCGCCAGUUUUGUCGUAUGAAGAUGUGAAGAAACCGAAUAAGCAAAAGGCGGCUGUUGAGACGAAUAAGGUUAGUUCUGAUAGGGAUUUUAAGGGAGACGAGGAGUUUUUGAAUGGGGCCCGAUUUUGAAAAAUUCAAAAUUUAAUUGCCUGAUUUGGACAAUUUUCAAAAAGUGGCUCACAAAGGAACCUUUUUUUACUCAAAACUUCAAAUUUUGAUGAAAUUUUUUCCUUGGGGUCAUAGAACACCCUAAAAAUUUUAGGACCUCUGACCCAAGUUUUUGGCUCUUAAAAGUUCAAAAUUUUCUCAUUAACAUACCUCGGUCAAUCCGUGGCUGGCCAGAGUACAAUUUUUUGAAAAAUCUGAAUUUCAGUUUUUAGAGAUCAAAAAAUUGAAAAAUAACAAUUUUUAGGGGACGAAAACUGAAAAAUUCACAAUUUUUGUACUGUAAAAAGUUAGCGUACAAUUUUUUAUUGUGAAAACCACGAUUUUGGCCGAGGUGUGCUCAUUAAAGUUAGCAUAACUCCAUUUCAAAAUAAUUUUUGGGAGAAAUAAAGUUUCAGAUCAGCAUAGUCGAUUUACUAGAAGUAUUUUUUUCGACAAAUUUUGGAGUUUUUUAUUUUUGUUGGAUGAACAUUCAUGAAAAUGCUUAAAAUUUCCACGAAUUUUGAUCCAGAAAUUGAUAAUUUCAAAAUUUUCAUCCAAAUUUUGAAAGUUGGUUUUGAUUUAACUUGACAUACGAAAAAAUAUUUGAAAAUAAAUUAUAUCAAAAUUUUGAAACGUAUUUUUUUUUGUUUUUGAAAAAUUAGAAUUUUCGAAUCAAAAUUAAUUAAGCUAUUUUGAGCUCAAAGUUUAUCAAAAAAAAAAGUCGACUUCAAAUUUUUAUAGCUGGAAAUGGAAAAGAAAACGGGAGGGUUAUCCCUUUUGCCAGAAAUUUUCAGUUUUUUAAACAAAAAUCAUCAAGCCUUGAGUUAUGCUAACUUUUAUGAGCCAAUUUCCGAACUUUUGAGAGCCCAGAACUUUGCUCAGAGGUCCAAAAAAUUUUAGGGUGACCCCAAAAGCUGCCCAUGGACAAAAUUUCAUCAAGAUUUGAAGUUGUUAGAAAAAAUGUAGCCAAUUUUCAAAAAGUGACAUUUUUAGGUCGAUGAAGAUGGUUGGACUACAACUGGGCCGGUUAAAACAAAAAAUAACAAGAAAAAAAACAAAAAUUGA